UUUUCCAUUCUCCUCUACCUAUACUCCUGCUCCUCGAUGACGCCCCCUUACUCCAUGGUUCUGGAUAAAGUCGGGCAGCCAACGGCCGACAAGACCCCAUGUCCCCGGACCCGCCCCCGUCCCGAGGGCCGAUCGCGCCGGCGACAUCACAAAUCCAGAGGGGGGUGCAGACCCUGCAAAGGCCGUCGGGUAAAGUGCGACGAGGUUCGACCCGCCUGUAAUAACUGCACCAAAAGGGACGUCACUUGCGAAUACUUUGACACCUGGCGUUGUUUGAUCAAUCGCCCAGACGCAUCACCCAAGAUUCUCCCUCGCCUAAAUCAGGCCCGAGAUGACUCUACAGCGUCACCGGCGCCUUCCACACUGACAAACUCUUCGAGCAUCCCCAGCAGCUUAGUGCCCUCGCAAAAUCUCUUCCCAGAGGGCGUUGAGACCCCGGAAGACCGCUUGCUGGAUCUUCGUCUGUUCUGUCACUAUCUAGAGAUGACUACACGGUCGACCGACGUGCAAAUGUCCUGGGCGUUCUGGAUAGUGCAAGAAGCAUCGCGAUCACCGUCCGUCAUGGAUGCUCUCCUCGGCUUUUCGGCCUUCCAUCUGCGACGCCACCACAAGCACGACGAGGCUCUGCGUGACGCCUCGCACAAGUUCAUGGCUCGUGCGAUAAAGCGUCAUAGGGAACAACUCAGAGCGGGAUUCAACGACGCCAACGCUGCGAGCAUUGUCGCGACUUGCGCUUUGGUGACUUUCCACUCAAGCGUGAACCAUUCAUUGCUAAGUUCAGAUGGUGGUGGUCAUCGCCUGCCUGUUCACUGGUUCCGAUCGUUUCACAUGACGAUGCAAGUCAUUCGAAUGGCACGUUUCUUUAGCCCGGACUCAGAUCUCUGUCGAAGACUUGCAGGGAUUGACAGGCUCCAGCACGAGAUUAUGGAAAAGGAAGUCGGUGGCAGGUUCAACUUUCUCUUUGAAUAUAUCGAUCCGUUGGGUCCUUCAGACGAGGAAUCUCUGUUGGCCUAUGGACAGGCCGUGGCUUUACUCUCGUCACUCUACUGCAACUUGGAGCAUGCAACGCCCCUGCUCUUCUUCAUCACCGUGUCACCUCGAUACGUUGACCUCUUGGCGGCCGAGGACCCCAGAGCGUUGGCCAUCCUGGGAUACUUUUUCAUGCUUGUAAGAAAGAGUCGACAAUUCUGGUGGGUAGAUGGAGCCCCCGAGUCCGAGUUUGCCACCGUUAUGGCAUUAUUACCGCACCGAUGGAGGCCGGUGAUGGAUUGGGCCGUGUUGGAGUUUGCCCAGCAAGAGCCUUCCGCUUAG